CGACGAAGAGGCUCGAGGCUUAGAUGCGCCCCCUGGUCCGUCUCCGGGCGCCGCAGAUGACGAACCCAUUGUCGAUCGUUUUGGGUUCAUCGUCGAUGUCAAGUACGGCCUGAAGUUAAUGCGAAAGUCUAGAGACAAGAAAAAGCAGCUGGCAAAGGAACGACUGGCUGCUUUGGAAGAGCAACAUCCUUCUGAACCGCCUCAAUCCUCAACAGAAGAUCCGAUACAUCCUCCCGAGCCUCCGAUGGAUCCAGCUCUUUCAAGUGAGACUUCAUCGACUUCUUUCAAUUCACCCUCCUCACGUGUCCUCUCUCUGGCCCCUACUGAAGAGAACAGUAAAUUUAACUCAACACGUUGUGAUGCCAGUGUCGAGGGCUCUGACCUCGACCAUACACCGAUGAUGACAACCGCGCUACCAAUCAAAUCACAAGUUGAUGUAGAAGCCGAACUGUCCUCUUUACGCGAAGCGUUGGGCCUCUCGCCAGCGAUAAAACCUGCUGGCAAAGAUCUUCAAAGCUCGACGGCGGACUCAGCGGACACUAGUCUUACCAAUCAAGCCCCCUCGAUUGAUCCGGUGGUCGAGUCAUCAACCCAGAGCAUCCGAAGGCUUCUUUUCCAGUUGAACGAAAUGCAAAACAUGCUAGAAAGGAAACAAAUGGAAGCCUGGGGACAGUUUAUCACGAAGCGUCGAAUGAAACUGAUGAGAGUUUCAAACUCUUCCAGUCCGCACAUCCUGUCUCCCAGUCCAAUCAGUGAUCCCAGUGUAGGGAACAAGAUGACAAUCCAAGGUACCGGCGCGGUCUCACCAGCAUCGGUCGGAGCGUUCCUCGGGACCGUGCCGCGACAGGGUGGCAGUUCGAGCGGGAGUGCGAGCUCUCCGACGGGGGUGAUGCCCAAGGCACCUCAUUCAACCGGCGGGCACUUGGGCUCGAAGCGGCAAUCGCUUGGAGAGUCCACCGAGAGGGCUCGGGAUCUGAUCACCUGUCAUGACGAUAACCUUAUCGGAAUAGCCUCGAUGGGCCUCUCUAAUGACAACAAUAAGAAGGCGCUCAAGGACGAAUGGAAGGAGUUCAAGGCACUGGUCAUCCAGGGUAUUCCUAUCAGCUUGCGGCCUAAGAUCUGGCUGGAGUGCUCUGGGGCUAGCGAAUUAAAAGAACCUGGUUACUAUCACGAUUUACUCAAUCUGCACGACGGUGAAGAGGGGCUAUGUCUCAACCAGAUCGAAUGCGACGUCACUCGAACUCUUCCCACGAACGUUUACUUUGGAGGCGACGGGCCUGGAGUGAGUAAGUUGAGAAGAGUCCUGGCGGCGAUGUCAUGGCACAAUCCGGUGGUUGGAUAUUGUCAGGGCAUGAACAUGGUCGCUGCCACGUUGCUUUUGACGAUUCCUAGCGAGGAAGAUGCCUUCUGGAUCCUCGUCUGUAUCGUCGACAAAAUCCUCCCCUCGCAUUACUAUACCUCUCAUCUACUCACCUCCCAGGCCGAUCAACGAGUGCUUAAAGUGCUCGUCAGUAAAUAUCUUGCUGAAUUGGCUGACCAUUUCGACGCUUUGGAUGUCGAAUUGCCCGCUAUCACGUUCGGAUGGUUCUUGUCCCUGUUUGCUGAUGCGUUGCCCAUUCAAACCCUGCUUCGAGUAUUUGACCUAUUCCUAAUCGAUGGUAGUCUAUUACUAUUCCGGAUCUCAUUGGCGCUUCUGAAGAUCAACCAAACGACGAUCCUGUCGUAUGACUCGCCGGCGUCGCUGUACGCCUACAUGCGUGGGCCAAUGACCUUGAGCUCGCAUCAUGCCGACCUGCUCAUCAACGUCGCUACCGUCGACUUCGCCGAUAUCAAGAACUCCCUCAUCGUCAGUCUCAGAGAUAAGUUCGUCGACCAGAUCAAAGUCGAGAUGGGCUUGCCCGAUUGAUCCCUCCAAUCCUCAUUCCUUCUCCCAUCUUUUUCCCUCUUUCUUGUUAAUACUUUCUUUCUCUUUCGCUCUCUCUCGUUGAUCAUUGGUACUUUCUUUUUUUCCGAAAAAAAUCAAAGAAAUAUCGUUCAUAUACUUUUGUUAGUGUUCUUAUCAAUAAUAAUCGUACAAAAAAAAAGGUAUACAGUUUAUAUAUAAAACCAUGACUGUUGUUGUUGUUCCUCUUUUCUUUUU